GUCUACGUGGGCCAGUUCGCGCUCUCCGGGCGCGACGGCGACGGGACCUGCGACUACCACGACACGGCGCGCUACGAGGGCCAGUGGAAGGACGACCUGCGCCACGGCGACGGGUCGCAGGUCUACGCCGACGGCGCCAAGUACGCGGGCGAGUGGCACGGGGGCCGGCGCAACGGCACGGGCGACUGCCUCUUCGCGUCGCGGGACCACUACGUCGGCAAGUGGGUCGCGGACCGGCGCUGCGGCCGGGGCUCCUGCGUCUACGCGUCCGGGUCCAAGUACGACGGCGAGUGGAAGGACGACGAGCGCCACGGCGCGGGCGUCCACGUCGACGACAACGGCCGGUACGACGGCGACUGGGUCAAGGACCGGGAGCAGGGCCGGGGCACCUGGGUCGGCAUCGGCCGGCCGGACCACGAGAAGGAGUACGACGGCGACUGGAAGGCCGGCGGCCGCCACGGCGCGGGCGCGUCCAAGUACCUCGACGCGUCCCACUUCGACGGCCAGUUCCGCGACGACGGCCGCUUCCACGGGACGCUGUGCUUCGCCAACGGCGACGUCUACGUCGGCGACUUCAGGGACCACAAGCGCCACGGCGGCGGCCGCCAGACGUACCACGACGGCGGCGCCUACGACGGCCAGUGGGCCCGGGGCAAGCGCCACGGCGUCGGCACCUACGGCUGCCCCUUCGAGCGCUACACGGGCGAGUGGGCCGAGGACAUGCGCGACGGCAACGGCACCUGGGCGGGCACGCGCCACGACGCCGAGGUCGCCUACGAGGGCGACUGGCGCCGCGACCAGCGCGACGGCGUCGGCAAGUCGCGCGACGACGACGGCGCGACCUACGAGGGCGACUACGUCCGCGACACGCGCCACCGCGGCGUCCUGAACCUCGCCAACGGCGACGUCUACGAGGGCCACUUCAACGCGUCGGGCCGCCACGGCCUCGGCGAGUGCGCCUACGUCGACGGCGGCACCUUCGUCGGCGAGUGG